AUGGCUUUAAGAAGAAUUGUUGGUGCUUAUCGCACAACUCCUAUUGCGGUAUUACAAAAGGAAGCUGGUAUAAUGCCAUAUAGUAUUAGGCUAAAAUUUAUGGUGGCACGAAAAGCUAUUCGUUUACACCUAAAUAUUAGCAAAACUAAUCCUAUUAAUGGUCAUUUGUUAACAUUGAUUGAGAAAUCUCCAAUUGCAAAGCUAACCACGCUUUACAUGUUGGCGAAAGAUGAUAGAGACUAUAUGAUUAAAAAGGAUGAAAAACGAAAAUGCAAGAGGGUUGAACCUCUUACACUGAAACAACAACAAAAUCAGACGAUUGGAAUUUUGAAGAAACAAGCAAUGGAAGAAUGGCAAGAAAUGUAUUGGAACAGCAGUAAGGAUCUGUGGUAUCAUAAUAUCACAGUGGAGUCGAAAUGUACUGAUAAUCUUUCCAAAAUGGUUACGGGAGUGAUCAUGAAGAAAGAUAGUCGAAGGAUCUUGAGUAAUAUUACUCAAUUUCGCACAGGCCAUGGAAACUUUGGCGCAUGGUUUAAAAAGUUUGAAUUGAAAAGGAUAGUUACAACUGCAAAUGUGGAGAGCUGGAAACAGUUCAUCACAUUUUAG